GAUGGAUGGAUGGAUGGAUGGAUGGAUGGAUGGAUGGAUGGAUGGAUGGAUGUCCGCCGCACCGCGCUGCACCACGAGCCGCCGUGACUCCCUUUGCGGACCGCUCCGUCGGGGAACGUUCGCGAUAUAUCCGCGCUCUAUCGGUGCGCUGAGGACGCUGCCAGCCCCGCAGGAUCCCGCAUACAGCCGUGCCCGCUCAGCACCGCCCGUCCAGCAGCGUUACUCCCCAUCGUGCUCAGUCCUGUCCCUGCAGGCAGCACGGGGGGAUUGCCCGCUGUCUGAGCGCACAGACAAUACAAUGUGUGCUGGGGGAGGGAGUGGUGGGCAAAAAAACACACCCUGAAAGGUUCCUAAGCAGGAUGUCCCAAAAAGCGUGUCUGUGGCUGCAGGUUGUGGAUUGCAAGUGCAGAGUGUGUCUGAGGAGCUCAGGAAGUGGAACUGCAUCCCUUCGGGUACAGUCAGUCCAAGUCUUGUCCCUGCAAAAGCUGUAAGACCUACAGUUCCCACUGAACGUUUCCCUUGUAGUUCUGCCAUUGUCUCUAUAGGCAGGUAUCAGGUUGGAUAGGACUCCGUUCCACAUCGUGAAGCAGAAGCUUUGAAUGAGUUAAUCAUCAGUUGCUUUGGAUGGAGAUGGAAGUGACUAAGCACACCGCAUUCCUGAAGCAUUACUUGUUUUGAUAUAAAAUCUUGUUUGGUGCUGCCCGUGUCUCUCAGCCGUCUGAAUGACACAGUUUUGUUCAGAAAAGGUUCAGGUCUGUUCUGGAGCUGAACACAAUGAGGGUAGCUGAAAGCUCUAGGAGCCCUUCCUGCUGCAUUGGCCGUCCCUUCAUCCUUCCAGCACAGCUUCCAUAGCCUUCCCGAGACCAGAAGCUGCCUUGUAUUGGGCUACCAACACGGGAGGCUUAUUGGCAAGGAGUUCUGUCAUUUCUUAGUUGUCUUAGAACCACGUGGCUCGUAAAAGGAGCAAAAGAUUGCUUCAGAACUGCAUGGGCUUGGCAGGUCAUUGAUUUGCUUGUUCUCAUGCCUGUUGUACAGCAGGAUAAGGUUGCACUAGGAGGCAGUUCUUGCAGGACCCAGCAGCUCUUGGAUGCCCCUGGAUGCUUUGGAGUCUCGUGCCAGCUUGAUGCAUGCAAGACACAGGUGAAACCGAGCAGAACUGGAGAUGGGGUGUUUGUAAGCACGGUGGCACUUGCCAUGCACCCAACAGAGACAGGUGACAGUAGCUUCUCCCGCUCUGCUGUGCAGACCCUCUCUCGGAGCCACUGCCGCAACAUCAAACAAAAGAUCUCCCAGUGGGAAGGGAGAACACAAGGCUGCUCCAGCAAGGAGAAACAGCAGCUGAAUGAUUUUGGUGUAAAAUAUGAUCCAGGCUGUGAUGUUCUGUCCAAAGUGAAGCCUGAAGGUCUAGAGAAGGGCAGAAAGGCUGGGACUAAAGAUCCAAAGAACUUGGGUUUGGACUUUAGGGAAAAUGCAGGGAGCUGCUUGCAUACUGCUGACUGUGGUGACCUCAAGUCCUGUGUGUGCAGCCAUGCUUCCCAAGCCAAGGAGAAUGGAAAACGGCAAGCAGGCAUCCCGGACCCAGGGGAGGCACUGCCCCCAGGCAACUUGUACACUUUGCAAGGGCUAUGGAGGAAAGUAGAUCCUAGCACAGCCCUGCCAGUUCCUGUGGACCUUCAGAAGAAGUUGGGGAGCUGUGGCUUCACAGAAAGAGAGUGGAAAGCCAAAGGAGUGGAACUGUUCUGUGGGGUGGAGAGGAAUGUGAAAAACUCUUACUUGGAGGCUGUGGAGCAAGAGGAGAAGUUGGCUGCUGUCCCGCCACCCAAACCCCGUAGGACUUUCCGCUAUCAUGCAGAAAACUGUGCCAGCAGCUGCAGCGAUGCCAGUGCUACCAAGGGAGCUCCCCUGGAAGAGAAACAUGGAGGAGACCUGGGUUCGUUCUCAGGCAGGAGGAUCCGAGGAAGAAUCCAGAGGAAAUCCUUUGAGUUUGAGGACAUCCAGGGCUUCCGCAACUGGAUGUCUGCCACCAGGUCCCAUAAACUUCGAGAAGAAACAAAUGGCACCGCAGGACCCAGGCUCAUCUACACACAGUCAGAAGACAACAUCUACGAGGACAUUAUCUGUCCUGCAAAAGAGAACCCCUAUGAAGAUAUCAGAGUGCUGCCUUUACCACUUUGGAAGGUCCCAUCUGUUUGGAAAUUACCACCUUCCCAGAGCACUAAUAGAGCUCCAAAGCUUCCUCCAAAACCUUCCUUCCUCAGUCGCAAGACUUUUGAGCUAAAGCCUUCCCCGACAAGUUUGCAAGGGAAAAUCGUGAAGGAGACGACCUUGCCUGUCACACUGACCGACUGGAAGCUGUUCCGAGCAGUGGAGGCUUCUAGCAGGAGAAAGAACUUGCCCUGGAUGGUGCUAAAAAUACAGGAGAUCUUUGUUUCUAAGCGUGGGAAGAAGAGGGUGAAAUUGCUCAGUCCUGCUGGGAGAGAAGUGCCUCCAACAAAAGGUGAAACCAGUGGAAAUGAAAGCGAUACGGAAAACCAGCCAAAAAGUCGACACAGGGGCCUGCUACUGAUGCAGUCAGCCUCCAAAAGGAACCCACACUACCAGACAUUGGAAAGGGAUUUAAUAGAGCUCCAGGAGCAGCAGCUGUUUGAGCUGUUUGUGGUUGUGUCACUACAGAAGAAGGCAUCUGAGAUAAAAUACACGCCACAAAUCAUACAGCAGUUUCCCAGCAAGCCUGAACAUCGCUUCAAACAGUCAAAGGAUACUGAAGAGAGGCUAAAGGUCAUUCCCAAAUUCUGCUUUCCAGAUCCCAAAGACUGGUUUCCUGCGUCAGACCUUAAAAGUGAAACAUUUUCUUUUGUGUUGACGGGUGAGGAUGGCAGCCGCUGGUUUGGAUAUUGCAAGAAGCUCCUGCCAGAAGGGAAAGGGAAGCGCCUUCCUGAGGUGUACUGCAUCGUCAGCCGCCUGGGCUGCUUCAACCUCUUCUCCAAGAUUUUAGAUGAAGUGGAGAAGAGGCGAGAGAUGUCCCCAGCCCUCGUCCACCCCUUUAUGCGUAGCGUAAUGGAGGCACCUUUCCCUGCUCCGGGACGCACUAUUACUGUGAAGAGUUUCCUGCCAGGAGCAGGAAAUGAGGUUAUGAAACUCUGCCGUCCGUCGGAUUCUCGACUUGAACAUGUUGAUUUCGAGUGCCUGUUCAGGUGCCUUAGUGUCUCUCACAUGAUACGGGUCUUUGCCUCUCUCCUGCUGGAAAGGAGAGUGAUCUUUGUUGCUGACAAUUUAAGCACCCUGUCUAAAUGCGGCCAUGCUGCAGUUGCAAUACUUUAUCCCUUCACUUGGCAACACACGUACAUUCCAGUGCUACCAACUUCUAUGAUUGAUAUCGUGUGCUCUCCGACUCCAUUCUUAAUUGGCAUUCUCUCCUGCUCAUUACCACAGCUCCAAGACCUGCCUGUAGAAGAGGUUCUGAUUGUUGAUCUUUGUGCUGACAAGUUUUUGCAAGAGGUAUCAGAUGAAGAAGAAAUUCUGCCUCAUAAACUCCAGGCUGCACUUGUCCAAAUUUUGGAGGAGAGAAAUGAAAUCUUGUCACAUGAGCAGAGCUGCCUACAAGGUGAUGUCCCUCUUAACUCCCUGGUCUCUGAAGCUUUCGUGCACUUCUUUGUGGAGAUCGUGGGUCACUAUUCCCUGCACAUGAAUGUCACAGAGAAAGGAGAGCGGGUGUUCCAGCGGGAGCCAUUCCGUAAAUCCCACACGUCGCGCAACGUGCGCCAUUUCCUGCACUUCUUCAUGGAGACGCAGAUGUUUGCAGGGUUCAUACAGGAUCGAGAGCUACGUAAGAGUGCUGUCAAAGGCCUUUUUGAGGUCCGUGCCUUGGAGUAUUUGGAGAGCAUCCCCGAGUCUGAGCCCACAGGGAUGAACAGAAUCCUUCGCACUCUCGGAAGUAAGAUGAGAUUUCUCCAGAAGAAAUGAACGUGGAGCCUCAAUGAGGCGGUUGGACAACCAACCCCAUCCCGGGGCCGGACUCAUUGCUCCCUGUGCAGCUGAGGCGGCUCCGUGCCGCCAUAACACGCCGCAGUGCCGCAACCAA